AUGGACACGGACGUGACGAUGGUUCCGGCAGGCGAGGCAAGUUCUUCUUCCUCAAGGAAACCGAAGCGAUUCGAAAUCAAGAAGUGGAAUGCUGCAUUGAGUGUCAAGCAAAUCAAGCUAGUGCUACGAGCGAGGAGUGCACUGUUGCCUGGGGUGUGUGCAAUCAUGCCUUCCACUUCCACUGUAUCAGCCGAUGGCUCAAAACCCGUCAAGUGUGCCCACUUGAUAAUAGCGAGUGGGAGUUCCAGAAGUAUGGCCACUAAAAUUGAUGAAGCAGAACAGCUGGAUCGACUUCCUGUAGACCAGCACCCGCAGACAGAGAUGUCUCUAAUGACGAGACAUUUUUACUGUUUGUGUGCUCAAAUUCGUGUCGUGAUUAGGGUUUGUAGAACUGUGCAAUCUCAGAGUGGAUCCAGAUUUGAUUUCUCCAAAUGCCAAAACCCAGUUUCUCGAAUUGUUUUGACUGCAGACUGGUUUUAUAUUAUAGCUCCUGUCUGA